UCUAUGUUGACCAGAAUUCCAGUCAUAUACAUGAUGAUGCCCUCGGUGUUACUACUGUGCUUGCUGGUUAGUUUCUCUCUAGGGGACUUGCCAACUAAUUAUGAAUAUUAUACAUCUGAUGGCAUUAGCUCAGGUCUAUCGACUGAUCAGCCUACUUUUUACCUAAAUGGCAAAGAAAUCUAUAUUUAUAGUGGUGCCAUACAUUAUUUUAGGGUACCAAGAGCUUACUGGAGGGAUAGGCUAAGAAAAUUAAGAGCAGCAGGUUUCAACACAGUAGAAACAUAUAUAGCAUGGAAUUUACAUGAAUAUCAAUCUGGUGUAUAUGACUUUGGAAAUGGUGGAUCUGAUAUGGAAGACUUUUUACAUUUAGAAGAAUUUAUACAAACUGCACAAGAUGAAGACUUAUUUGUAAUCAUACGAUCUGGACCGUUUAUUUGUGCUGAAUUCGAAUUUGGAGGAUUCCCUAGCUUUAUACUUCGCGACGGUCAAGACUUAUGGGUCAGAACAGAUAACGAAUUAUAUAUGAAUUACGUAACUAGGUGGUAUAAUGUCCUUAUGCCAAUAUUGGCUCAACAUCAAUUUACUAAAGGAGGUCCAAUUAUUAUGUUACAAGUAGAAAAUGAAUAUGCCAUUACGGGAUACAAGGAUCAUAAUUAUUUAUGGCAUCUUAGGCAAUUAAUGUUGGACAAUGGAAUCGUUGAGCUUCUGGUUACCGCAGACAACCCUUGGAAGGGCACUGACGGAGCUUAUCCAGAAUACUUUUUGAUGACUGGAAACUUCGAUUCUGACGCUCAGACUAAUUUAGAUACUCUGAAAUCGCUUCAGCCCAACAAACCAAUAAUGGUCAUGGAAUAUUGGUCAGGUUGGUUCGAUUAUUGGGGUCAGCAGCAUCAAAACAAAACUGCUGACCAAUUUAAGGAAGUUUACGAAGCGAUAUUGUCAUAUCCAGCAUCCGUAAAUAUGUAUAUGUUUAUUGGAGGAACUAACUUUUAUUUUUUAAGUGGUGCCCAAAACUUAGCAUACGAUGAUUUAAAUACUAAAUUUACUCCUAUGACCACUAGUUACGAUUAUGGUGCACCAUUAGCCGAAAAUGGCGCUUAUACAGACAAAUACUGGAUAGCUCAAGAACUAAUUGCUAAAUAUAAUCCAAUACAAACUAAACUUCCUGCAGUACCUGAUGAAAUCAAGCCGAUAUAUUAUCCAUGGGUAACACUGGACAAACAAAUAACACUAGAUACCUUGUUAAUACAUGCAUUAUCUGAUACAUCCUCUAAUUUAAUUUCUAUGGAAAAUAUGAACAUAAACGGUGGUAGUGGGCAGAGUUAUGGAUACGUAGUUUAUAGAAAAACAGGUUUAACUCUAUCAGCUAAUUCAGUUUUAAAAAUAGAAGGAAGAGUUUGUGAUACUGUGAUAGUUCUGGUAAAUGGAGUUCGUGUAUCGCCUAUCUUAGAAACAUCAUCUGAUUUGAAUAACUUUGGAACGUGGAGAACAAAUGAUUCAACAUUGAUAUUGAAUACGGUUGAUCUGACUGACGUUACAGUUGAUUUAUUGGUAGAAAACUGGGGCAGAGUAAACGUAGGAGCAUAUAGACAAUAUAAAGGACUUUGGGAAGGGAAUGUACUGAUUAACGGCAAUAUAAUAUCAGACUGGACAUUGUACGCGCUAGAGUUCAAGAAAUCGUGGACAAAUAGCUUAACUGACUGGACUUCCGUAACAUCUCGUGACAUUAAUCAACCAGUCCUAUAUAAAGGGACUUUAUCAAUCACUGGUACACCCGGAGAUAGUUACGUUUAUAUGGAAGAAUUCACUAAAGGUAUUGUGAUUAUAAAUGGAUUUGUAUUAGGUCGAUAUACGAAAAUGGGUCCACAGCAAACAUUAUAUUUGCCCGCACCACUGUUAAAAGAAGGAGACAAUGACAUUAUGAUAUUCGAACACUACCAACCAGCUGAGCAAGUUAAAUUUGUUAUCGAACAUGUUUACACAAAUCAUUGAAUAUAAAAAUCAAAAAUAAA